AAAAAGUUCAAAUUCUUCAAAAGCAAAGUUUCAAGUAUCGUUUCCUUAUAGCUGGUUUUAAUAUUAGUCAACAAGUAUAGAACUGUACAACUGGCGUGAUUGGCAGAAAUAGAAGCAUUGUCCAGAGUGUCAGGAUUGGUUAGAGUGUCGGGAUUGGUUAGAGUGUCAGGAUUGGUUACAGUGUCGGGAUUGGUUAGAGUGUCGGGCUGGUUAGAGUGUCAGGAUUGGUUAGAGUGUCAGGAUUGGUUAGAGUGUCGGGAUUGGUUAGCGUGUCAGGAUUGGCCGAAAUGUACACGAUUUAUCGAUUGGCAAUGGAUUCGCCCAAGGGACCGGAUUGCCGAAACGGGUCGGAGUUUACCAGAAGACAGAAUUUCCCCAAAGAUAGAAGGCAUUUCCCCAAAGAAAGACAGGAUUUCCCCAAAGAGAGACAGGAUUUCCCCAAAGAGAGACAUGAUUUCCCCAAAGAGAGACAGGAUUUACCCAAAGAGAGACAGGAUUUACCCAAAGAGAGGCAUGAAUUACCCAAAGAGAUACAGGAUUUCCCCAAAGAGAGACAGGGUUGCCCAAAAAAAACUUGCGUGAUUGGGCAAACGGGUUUGGAUUUCCUUACCGUAAUAGAAGAAAUAAAGAAUAUAGAAGACAUAUCUUUUUUAAAUUAUGAAAAUUUAACAUCUCCACAACAAAAAAUAAAUACGUAAAUAAAUCAGGAAAAGCUAGUUUUAAAGCAACCAAGAAAGCCGAGGAAGGCUGGGGUUUGAAGGACUUUGUAUGCAGGAAUGCGCCGAAGCCAUGCGAAGGAAAUGUUGGAAGCGGAUAUGUUUUGAGGCUUGAAAUGAAAUGAUAGGUCAAUUUAAAAGGACGUUUCGGCCAGAAGCCUUCUUCGGCAAGACAAGACAAAACAAGUAACAACAGAUGAUUAGAAUUUUAAAAAGAUGUCUAUGAAGUUUGAGAAGAUGUCUAUGAAGUCAGCAUAGCUCUAUCUUUAGAACCAGGUGUACAGUUUACAGACCGGCAAUGUCUCGUGGUUGAAGCAUGUGCACGGGGGUGAGGACUUGCCGAGAUGACACACUAUAAAUAGCCUACAGCAUAACCUCAACAAUCAGAUUAGUAUUACUGAAGUAUAAA